UCUUUGCAGGUGGAUACUUUCUUUGAGUUCAGUGAUCGACUGGAGAGCAUCUUGACUAAGGCCUACAUCUGGAGAGUGAUCCGCACCAUUGGUUACCUGUUGUUCAUGCUCCACCUCAACGCCUGUUUCUACUAUGUUGCAUCCGACUACCAGGGCAUUGGCAAAACCAAAUGGGUCUACACUGGCAAAGGCAGCGCAUGAGAGAUGUCAUUGGUGCAGCUACGGCUGGAGAGACUUAUUUCCGUGCCUCCAUGGAUGGCUGUGUGUCGUACAUGGUGACCAACCACAUCCCCAAAUUGGUGCAGAACAGAGUCCGCACCUGGUACAACUACACCUGGGAUGCUCAGGGUAUGCUGGAUGAGUCUGAGCUGCUGGACCAGAUGCCUCUGGUGAUGAGAACAGCAAUCGCUGUGGACGUUAAUCUUACUACCUUCCAGAAGAUAGAUCUAUUUAAGGGUUGCGAUCAGCAGAUGUUAGUGGACAUGUUGCUGAGGCUGAAGUCAAUCAUUUAUUUACCGGGGGACUUUGUGGUGAAAAAGGGAGAUAUUGGUAAAGAGAUGUACGUCAUCAAAAGUGGAGCGGUGCAGGUGGUGGGAGGACCUGAAAAUUCCAUAGUCUUUGUCACUCUGAAGGCUGGUUGUGUGUUUGGAGAGAUCAGUCUGUUGCAGUCAUCCAAAGAUGGAGGGAACAGGAGAACAGCUAAUGUCAAAGCUCACGGCUUUGCCAACCUCUUUGUACUGGAUAAGAAGGACCUGACAGACAUCUUGGUUCACUACCCUGAAUCACAGAAAGUCUUGGCCAGGAAGGGAAGAAAACUGAUGAAAGCCAAAGGUCCCGCAGCUGCUAAGGCUGAGGAAGAUAAGAAAAAAGGACUGGCACUAUUUGGACCCAAACCUCCUACACCUAAACUUCUGCGUGCCUUUGGAGGCAAUUUCAACAAAAAUUUCAUGGAAAGACUCAAGAAUGCCUCUUCAUAAAGGCCGAAACCAUAAUUGUUAUACUCUUUAUUACCUUGUGCAAAUGUUUGAUUGUGAAUAGCUGUAUUUUUUUAGGAUUGUGAUGCCAGAGGAAACAUUUUCAGUUUGCAUCCCACAACUUGCUUUGUCCAGAACUAUGUUUGAGCU